UUCACUUUUGUGUCCAUUCUGGCUUAUCUGUGCUCUGGUCACAGUAAGGCUGACCUACAUACAGCCCAAACCACUUCGCAAUGUCACAACCAGUAGCGCAGGGUCUGACACAAGGAGGUUUACAGCGAGACGAAAGACCAGUCAUUACGCAGCUCCCAGAAAAUCCUGCAUCAUCACUGAGCAGUGUCCCAGCAUUGGAGGGGAGAGGGCGACAAGUGCAAUACAGAGGACGGGGAUAUGCAGAGUGAAGAAAAAAAUCUGCAAACCCACACGUACACACACACACGUACAUGCGCAUCACUUCUGCCAUGGUGGCAGCAUGCUGGAUAAGUCAUGUGCUACAAGGCACUCUGUGAAAGCUUAGCAGAAGUUUCAGACCCAUGGGGGUUCUUUAGGCCAUUGAGAAAGCACUGCACCUCUGCUCAUGGCCUCCAAAAUUUGCCUGCACGUGCCAUCCUGUUUCGAGGGGCAACGCUCUGCUGCGGCUGCUAGUCAGCAGCACGCACCGUGCGCCAAACUCUGCACUGAAUGCAUGCACAGUGUGAUUCUUCGUCAUUUAAAAAAGUAAGCGCUUUUUUUCUUUUGAAAUUUUUUCCCUGUUAUUUUGCCUGCCUCGUGUGAGCAUCGUCUGUAAAGGCCAGUCCCCACAGAUUAAGCUAUCAAAAGUCGCAAAUUUAAAAGAAAAAAACCUAAAAAAAUUCGGUUGUAAGAAUAUACAGUAGAACCCCGCUGUUACGUUCCUCGCUGCUGCGUUUUCCCGGCUGUUACGUCGUUUUCGUCCGGUCCCGGCAUAGCUCCCAUAGGAUCCAAUGUAUUGGGUACCCCGCUGUUACGUUGUAGCUGUGAAAACGUUCCCGCAUGUUACGUCGCAACCUGGCACCCCAAACCCGGCCGGGCAACGUGCGCCAACCGCCAUUUUGACGAGUCUUGGCCAGGCUUGGCUACGGAAUUGGCUAGAAUACUAUAGCCUCUGAGAUUACCCCCUUGCAUGCGCGUGGGUAAUCUCAGAGGCCAUAAAAAGCCGCACGCGAGUUGGAGAGAUUGCCACUAGAUGGCCACUGCCUCGUCAGCCGAAGCGAGUAAAACCCGCGGGCCCGCAGCAAUGCAGUCUUUCUUGUUUAUGAGGUUCAACCCAUCCGAGUCGUCCGUCUCCUUCCGUCAAUAGCUACGCUGCCUACGUUUCGUCAGGCCUCGCUAAUCCAAUCUUUCUUGUUUGUGCGAUUCAACCCAUCCGAGUCGUCCGUGUCCUCCCGUCAACACCUACGCUGCCUACGCCUCGUCGGGCCUCGCCAACACCGCGAGCGAUUUGUCGUCCUUUGAUGGCGUCGCGCAAGCGCAAGGCGCUUUCCCUCGAGGAAAAGCUGGAUGUUCUCAAAGCAGUCGACAGGCAGCCAGUGCGGAAAAGAGUCGACAUCGCCAAGGAUCUUGGUCUGCCACCCUCGACGCUUAACAGCAUCGUUUCGAAGCGUGCCGAGAUACAAGGGAAUGCCGCGCUCUUCGGCCCGAAAGCUAAGCAGGCUCGUGGCGCCAAGUAUGGACACCUCGACGAGUCACUUCUUACUUGGUUUAAACAAGCUCGCGCUGCCGGUGUUAACUUCGACGGCAGCAUUUUGCGCGAGAAGGCGAUGGAAAUAGCCGACCGACUGGGCAUCAGUGACUUUGCGGCGUCAAAUGGCUGGAUCGACCGUUUCCGGAAGAGGCACGGCAUCGCGUAUAAGACGGUAUCCGGGGAAGCAGCAAGUGUAAACUUGGAAACAGUCGACGAUUGGAAGGCCACACUAUCUGCCAUAAUUGAGGGGUAUGAGCCUCGUGACAUAUACAAUGCCGACGAAACGGGUCUUUUCUUUCGGGUGCAGCCAUCCAAGUCGUUAAGCCUGAAGGGCGAAGCAUGCCACGGAGGCAAAUGCAGCAAAGAAAGAUUGACGGUGCUCCUUUGCUGCAACAUGGAUGGCUCGGACAAGCUGAAGCCAUGGGUAAUCGGAAAAUACCGAAAUCCACGGUGCCUAAAGAACAUUCGCCUGCUGCCAUGCCACUAUAGAAGCAACGGUCGUGCAUGGAUGACGGGUUCUUUGUUCGAAGAAUUUCUUCGUUACUUCGACAAUAAGAUGGGCUCCCAGUGCAGGAGUGUUGUCCUUUUUCUGGACAAUUGUGCCGCCCACCCGAAAGACCCGUCGUUUCUUCAGAACGUUAAGCUUGUUUUUUUUCCUCCAAACACUACAAGCCACUUGCAGCCGUUGGAUGCCGGCGUCAUAAAGAACUUAAAGCACUCAUACAGGAAGUCCAUCGUAAAGCGCUGUCUGGCACGUAUUGAUCGCGGACAGCAGCCUACGAUCAUUUCAAUACUGGACGCUAUGCACUACGUCGCUUCAGCGUGGACUGCAGUGAGCGCGUCAACUGCACAGCACUGCUUCGCGCGGUGUGGCUUUCGCACGGACGGCGGAGAGGAAACUGCCACGGAAGCUGAAGAGACGGAAGCAGCCUCUCAUGAUCAAGAGCUGAGUGAAGCUUUGAAUGCGCUGGGUGCCACGGGAGUCACGUAUGACGACUACGUCGCCGUGGAUGCUGCUGUCGUGACGUCCGAGUGUCGGAGUAUCGCCGAGAUCGUUGCAGACUCGGUCGCGAGUGAAGCCUCAGACUGUGGUGACGACGAGGAGCACGAGCCGCAUGAUUCUGGGGAGUUAGCGGACCCGAGCUUUGGAGAAGCCGUCGCGGCUCUGGACCUCCUUCGCAGGUACGUCGCACCUCAAAGCGACGCUGAGAGCAAUGCGGCUUUCCAGGCUAUCGAGAAACGCGUGGUGUUUUCCAGCGAGCGGAAAAAACGGCGAUCAACCAUUCUCGAUUUUUUUAAGACCUAAGCUCACUUGAUGUCGAAAUAAAUUGUUUCAAGGCAAAGUUGCACUGUUUUCAUUAAUUUUCGGACCUUUCCUCACUGUUGCGUUUUCCCGGCUGUUACGUUUUUUUUUCGCGGUCCGGUGAAAAACGUAUGAACGGGGUUCCACUGUACACGACUGCUUGGUCUACAUGCUCUGCAAGUGCGCGGAAUUCGAAAAGUGUUUUGGUUACAGUUAGAGUUCUGUUUCAAGGGCAGAUAUUUGCACCUCCAGUGACUCAUGUUAUAAGUAAUCUGUGCUGUACAAUACA